ACUUUGCCCUAACGUUCAUGGCGACCGUCGCGCAUGUCAUCCGCUCACACUAUGAUCCAAAGGACAGAGAGACUCUCGAGAUUGCGACUGGUCAGACUAGCGAGCAACACGAAGAUAUCGAGCGGGACGAUGUCGACAUUGACCUCGCAUGGCAGACCGAGUCGGCGUUCAGUACUCAGCGGCGCGUCACGAACGCACCGAAAUUCGUGAAAGCGGUUGUCUCGUAUGACGAGAUAAACGAUAUGAUGGGGCUGCCUAAACACCUUUUUUCCCCUCCACCCAAAGAGGAACCCAAGACUGAGAUCGCAGGGUGGUACAGAUCCUUGACGAAUCAAGUCAGCUCGACUGCGGGGCCAAUAAGCUCUGUCGCACCACCCAGAGCUAGCACUGCCCCGCUGGAGGCGACCGCAUCCUCCAGAAUUUCUACUCCAGCAGCGACGUUCGUCGCAGGAACUGCCGUGCCGACACCCUAUAGACGACCCGACAAGAAUAACUGGUUCAUAACUCGAGCUCUUCAGUCCGAACCUGUCUCCUCUCCCUCUACUCCUCCUACCCUUGCUGAUAUCCUUGCUCGAGAGCCGCCGCCUCCCGCAGACAAGGCUGUGAAGCCUCCUGUAUUCCUCGCGCUGGGUCCGUUCAACAAAGGGUGGGGGAUGCUCCAGCAGCAGGGAUGGGCCGAAGGCGAGGGCCUCGGUGCAACCGCGUCUCGCCAGACGAACCACAUUGGGGCCCCUGCAAGGGCUGUAGCGAAGGGGAAGGGCAAAGAGGUGGAUCGCAGUCUAAUCAAGCGAGAAGAGCAUGAGGUGCAGUUGGAUGCUGACGGCGAGAUCAGCAUGAUCAAGACGAUUGAGGUCGUAGAUCUCACGCUCUCAGACAGCGACAGCGAAACUGCAGAAGAGGUCGAGGAUGAAGAAUCUGCGGAAGAAUCUCCGCGACCAUCGACCACUCUCGUCGUUCCCGACGCUGACGCGCAUUCUAAACCACUCCUUACGCCUAUCGCCACCGUUCUCAAGUCCGAUCGUCUCGGCAUAGGACUGAAAGCAAAAACCACCGGGCCAUACAAGGAAUCGAAGAAGCGCAUCACGCACAAUCAAGCUGCGCUUGCGCGGCACGUUCGUGAGGCGGAGGAAAUGCGCAGGCUGAAGGCUCUCGUAGGGCGAGGCACCCGUAGCUUCGCUCGAUUGGCGAAGGCAGAUUCAGAGCACCGACGGCAGCUGCUUGCUAGCUUGAACGCUCUAUGAGCUGUCACAGGACCCUGUGACUCCAUGAGCCAUGUUUCAUAGCCCAGCUGCGCCCUUCUCGUCAGUAGCGAAGAUGCGCAUGUCCUCAUCCUCAAUGCGACUAUCUCCUGCCGUCGUCAUAUUAGACUGCAUUAAUCCCGACGGCUUCUCAUCUUGUAUCACAAGGACUCAUGAGACCCUUGCACCUCAAUAUAGACAUAUGGAUUGACGUUCACGUGUGAGACUGUGCGAAUAGGAUGUGGGCAAUUCCGCGUGCAAAACCGUUCUCCAAUGAACAGCAUUCAAUCCGAGCGCAUCCCCCAGUCAGACAGCGUGCAGACAGCAUGUGCAAGCUUACAAGCAUAUAUCAUACACUGAACAACAUAGGCCUGAAACUAAAAGUGCCCCCAAGGAAAUGAGUGGCAAAUACAUGAAGCGAGGGCCGGGGGCGGCGUGAGAGCCCUGGUGGGUGGCGCGCAGCCUUGUCGGCCGCAAUCCGUGAGAACGUGCGAGGAAAGCGAGACGAGGAGAUCGAUUAUGGAUGCGUAAGCCAGAACAACAAGCUGGAUGUGCGAGGAGAUAUGAGGAUUGACGGAUAGCUCAAUUCUUGCGACGGUACGAGCUUCCUGCAAGAGAUACAGGAGAUGAGUGGGCGUUGUCUGAUGUGAUAGGGGUGGAGACGUACCCUCGGUCAAUCUCGCCUUACCACCGGUCGGCUGACACAGGACACUUGUGCAUGCGCCGCAGAGGACGACGGUUUGCGCGUGCGAGAAAACGGUGGUGAUCGCGAAGCAACCUGGGGUGGAUGAGAUACGCAUGAGGCUAUGUGUAAGGACGCAGGGGAGUGAUUACACACCUGGGCACUUGACGUCCAUGAAGUAUGAGUUUGGAGACUGCACCAAACGCUUGAGCUUAUGCCUGCGGGUCUCAGAGGCGGGGAGCGGGUUGAGCAGAUCGGCAGCGAGAGUCUACAGAUGCCACAGAUGCGGAGCGAUAGAGUAAGUAUCACAGUCGAGUAAUCCGGUAUGGCUUUUCAUGCAAACGUUUAUAACAUACCAUUUUGAUGUAAGGACGAGGGCUGUUGAAGAACUGAGGUCAGCGAGGGAGGAAGUGAACGAGUGAACUUUUUGUGACAGGCCACGGCGCCGUUGUGGUUCUGUUGACGAGGCAA